UCAAAUCGUCAAAAACACAAGAAUGUAGAAUUUGACAUUUAAAUUUUCGAUAUUAAACUAUUUAGAACAGUGUGGAUUUUAUUUUUAUAUGCAAAAUGUUGUUCCGAAGUUUGUUUUCGAUUCUUCCACAGAGUAAGAUAAGCCAAAACUUCGUAAAUAAAAACUUUAUACAACAAAAUCUGCGAACUUUUCACACGAAUCAGAGGUUUUCCUCAUGGACAAAUUUGAAGAUAAAGAAGUUUUAUGUUUUUGGUGCCACGUCGUGUGUUUUAGGUGGACUAUCGUAUUUUUAUAACGGACAACAAAACCUUGCAAAUAUAUUUAAUAUAGAAAAUUUAACCCCUUCUGUUGAAGCUGCUGAGAAGGGUUCUACUACUGGAGUUGGUCGUCGUAACAACAGCCAUAUUAACUUUAUAGCAGAUGUUGUAGAAGGGGCUGCACCUGCUGUUGUUUAUAUAGAAAUCAGAGGAAGACAUCCGUAUCAUGGCAAUAUGGCAACUUUAUCAAAUGGUUCAGGAUUUAUCGUAACUGAAGAUGGUUUAAUAAUGACUAAUGCUCAUGUAGUAGCCAAUAAACAGUCUGUCCGAGUUCGACUACACAAUGGAGAUACGUACGAAGGGGUGGUGACUGCCGUGGAUCAAAUCUCUGAUCUAGCAACAAUCAAAAUUAAAGGUAAAAAUCUUCCAACGCUGAAAUUUGGUAAAUCGUGUGAAUUGCGACCAGGUGAAUGGGUUGUUGCCCUUGGUUGUCCGUUAACAUUAAGUAACACAGUUACAGCUGGUAUCGUGAGCAGUGUUCAUCGGGGAAGCCGGGAAUUAGGACUUCAUAAUAAAAAUAUGGAUUAUAUUCAAACAGAUGCGGUUAUUAAUUUUGGGAAUUCCGGUGGACCUCUAGUUAAUAUGGAUGGUGAAGUUAUUGGUAUAAAUACAAUGAAAGUUACCACCGGAAUAUCGUUUGCCAUUCCUUCUGAUUUUGCUAGUGAUUUCUUGAUAAAAGCAGAAAAAUAUACAAAAAAAGUUGAAAGUAAGAAGAAAGGUUGGUUAGGUGGAGGAGGAGACGUUGGUGUCAAGAAAAGACGUUAUAUGGGUAUCACGAUGUUGACCUUGACCCCUAGUAUUGCCAUGGAAUUAAAGGAACGAGUUCGGGAUUUUCCUGAUACUCAAACCGGUGUUUACGUUUAUAAAAUAAUUAUUGGAUCUCCGGCUUAUCAUGGUGGUCUUCGUCCGGGUGAUGUAAUAACUCACAUCAACGAGCAGGAGAUACAAACAUCAAACGAUAUUUAUACAGCUCUCGACACCUCCGCUAAAUUACGUGUAGGAAUUUUACGUGGACAACAGAAGUUAAAAUUGUUAAUAAAUACCGAAGAUAUGGAAGAAUAAAUUUGAACAAUAUGAUUAGAUGUAGGGGUCUUCAUUUCGCGACAUAUUGGCCCUUACACAGAUUGUAGGCCUUCAUUUCGUGACAUAUAGGCCUUUACACAGAUUAUAGGCCUUCAUUUUGUGACAUACAAAUCUGAGGAACAUAAAGAACAGAAGACUAAGAAUUUAUAUAAAACAUAAUUAGACGUGUGUGAUGAUAAAAAUCAUGUGACCUUAUAUUUAAAAUCAUGUGACCUUAGAUUUAAAAUCAUGUGACCUUUUAGUAAUAUAACUGGAAUGAAAGAGGAUAAAAAUUAAUUUUUGAAACAUCUCACAGUAAUACACAGUUGUCAUGGCUUGAUAACGACUAGUUAAAACGGAAAUGAAAUGGGGUUUAACGUCCUGCUGUUCUACUCCGACUGGGCUAAUGUGGUUCAACAUCCUACUGUUCUGUUCUGUUCCGACUGGGCUAAUGAAGAUGGGCAUGCCCGGGCAUCGACACUAUGGCCUACUCUUAUAUCAAAUUCCAUCUGCCAAGGGAUCAUUUACGUGGACGCCAAUGUAUACACAGGUCUAUGGUUUUUCAUCCCAUCCAAACGACUAGACAGCUAUCUUUGUCAGGCCCUCCAUUCUGCACCACUCUGACAAGAGGAAAACCACGCCAGAAAAUCCCGAUGAACUUUCUCGGCCAAUGCAGGGAUCGAAAACGCGACCCCCAGGCUAGCGAGCCAGGGUGUUACCCACUUAGCUACCUUCAUAACAUCACUCGACAAUAAACAGUAAUUGUAUUCUAUGGAAUUGUGUUUAAAUCUGUUUAAGUUAAAAUAAAUUAUUAAUUGGGUUAAUUUGAUGCAUUAUUGACGGAUAACUAUGCAAAUACAUCUUUUUGUAAGGAAAGAUUAAGUGGUCUCAAUUUACCAUGCUUUAUAAGGUACAGGACCACUUCUUUAACUUUACUGCUAAAAGCCCCUACUAGCAUGCGAAUUAUUGAAAUAAAAUUUAACCUCCCCGAAAUGAUCUAGUUUGUGUCAAGUGGACGUUUAAUCCCAUUUUUCUCUAUCUUUUGGUAAAACUUUGUAUUUGGUCGUGUAAUAAAUUCAAGGUUAGGUGAAGAUGAUAAACUAUGGUGCUGCUCAGGUUGUCACUAGAAUCUAUGGUGCUGCUCAGGCCAUAUUAUCUGUUGUCACUAGGAUCUAUGGUGCUGCUUGGAUCAUAUUAUCUGUUGUCACUAGGAUCUAUGGUGCUGCUUCGAUCAUAUUAUCUGUUGUCACUAGGAUCUAUGGUGCUGCUUCGAUCAUAUUAUCUGUUGUGUUUGUAAAUUUUGUAUUAAUACCGAUACCCUUAAUAAAAUCUUGUGUAUAUUAUU